AUGGUCUACUAUCUUAAGGCGGGAGGAAAUCAGGCAGUAAAUGUCAAUCAACCUACUGGGUUAGACUAUCACAUUACGAGAGAAGGUUCAAGCUGGCUAUGGGCGGUUACUUCUGUGUUUGGAUUGGCUACAAUCAUCUAUGCAAUCCUGUUCUUUGUCGCUGAGAGGAAGAGUGCCUCACUUACGCGUUAUGCGUUGGCUGCUCCCUUCUUGAUCUCGUUCUUCAUGUUCUUCUUCUACUUCACCUAUGCUUCAAACUUGGGUUGGACUGGUAUCCAGGCACAGUUCAAUCAUGUUACGGUGAACAACCCAGUCACUGGAUUAACGCCAGGUGUGAGACAAAUUUUCUAUUCGAGAUACGUCGCUUGGUUUUUAUCAUGGCCAUUGGUUCUAUACUUACUCGAGUUGUCGAGUGUUUCGACCACAGUGUUGCAAAAUGAUACCUUUUCGGUUCUGGAUACGAUGCACACUUUGCUAGUGCAAACCUUUGCUUCAUACUUUUGGAUCAUCUCGCUGCUAGUUGGUGCGCUCAUCAGGUCCAGUUACAAGUGGGGUUAUUUCACUUUUGGUGCUGUCAGCAUGCUCGUUUUACAAGGAAUUAUUAUUCGCCGCCAAUUUGUCUCACUCAGGACCAGGGCAUUCAAUGGGGCCAUGUUGGGACUCAUCUUACUCAUUGUUUGGUUGUACUUCAUCUGUUGGGGUGUGUCUGAAGGUGGUAACAGGAUUCAACCAGACUCGGAAGCUGUUUUCUACGGUAUCCUUGAUCUGAUUGUGUUCUGCGUGUACCCUGCCUACAUGCUCUUCAUCGUCAGCCGUUUCGGUAAGUGGCCAUCAUUUAGCUGGAGAGGUGGAUUCGCAAGGCGUGACGAGGAAGGUGCUUAUAACGAUAAACCUUCAGGACCAACGUCUAUCAGACAAUCUGGUGAAACUGCUGUGCCUCAUAACAAUACCACAGGUGCUGCAACCGGUCCAGCCACUACUGGUCCAACCGUUACUACCGGUCGCACGGUGACUACUACUACCACGACUGGCGAUGGAGCACCGGCCCCUUCAACCGCGGCAGACGUUCCAGAAGAACGCGCUGUCACACCAGGUCAAACUUACUGA